AUGGUCUCGCUGUGGGGUUCGAAGAACAAUGAUGAUGAGCAGCCUGACGAUGGCUCCACCACGCCGAGAGGCUCGACCGAGGACACCAGACGUCCUCCGUCUAGACGUUCCUACGAGCGAAGAGAGCGUGAAGCAGAUGAGAGAACCAGACUCUUGCCUGCUCAACCUCGUCCUCCUCACUCGGAUGGCUACCUAGACCCAGACGACCCGGCUGUAAGCCAGCUCUGUUCCGGUUUCUUCGAUUUCUCUUACACCACUCUCACCGCUGGCAACCUUCUGGUCGCCAUCCUCUUCUUCGCUGCUCCCUCCAAGGGUAUGCGCAUCACCAUGGGCAUCAUCACUACCAUUCUGGCCAUUGACUUGAUCAUGAUUCUUGCCAUCCCUCGCCUGAGAGUCGAGGAGGGUUGGCCGGGUAUCGCCUCGAUUGCAUGGGCCACUCUUAUCGGCCUCUGGUGUAUCAUUACCGACAGAGUCGUGGCUUGGGGCAAGAAGGAAGAGGAAGAGCGUCUUACCGGACGUGCUGAGACACGCAGAACAUUGCGCGAGUGGUUGGCUGUCUCUCUGGCCACCUUUAUCCUCAUUGUCUACGCUAUCAUUGCCGUCCUCAUGACUGCGACCCUUGUUCUGCGUGCCCGCGAUGCUACCCUGCCUAUGGAUGGUGAGCGUUACUACGUGGAUGGCGAUAAGUACCAAGUCCACCUGGCCUGUCUGGGCAACGUUACCUACAGCGCUGAUGGCGUCGCUAACCCUACUCUUCUGCUUGAGGCUGGUGAGGUGCCUUCGGAGUACGACUUUGAGCACUGGGCUUAUGCUGCAUGGAAGAAUGGCACAAUCGACCGCUACUGCUACUGGGACCGUCCUGGCUACGCUUGGUCCGACAGUGCUCCUAGCCCUCACAGUGCUGGCAUGUCCGCUGACGCUCUGUCUGAGGCUUUGGCUGUCGCUGGUGAGGAAGGUCCUUUCAUCCUCGUCUCCGCUGGCUAUGGCUCCAUUGUUUCACGCAUCUUCUCCGCUCGUCAUGUCCGCAACAUUGCCGGUAUCAUGAUGAUCGAUCCUCUCCACGAGGAUCUUCUCCACCGCAUCGGAGGCGCAUACAGAGGUUUUGUUCUCUGGGGUUUCGGCAUCAUCUCACCUCUUGGUAUCCAGCGCAACUUUGGCGCCAUUUUCAACGGACGCACACGUGAGGAUCGUGUCUACGGUCGUUCGGCUUACCAAGGCGGCAAAUUCAUCAAGGCUCAGCUACAGGAGAACCUCAUCGCCGAGUCCUUGACCAAGAAUGAAGUUUCCAGCGCUCGUACCAUCCAGACUCCCGACGUUCCUCUCGUCAUUAUCAGCAGCGGCAUUAGCAACCGUCGCGACAACGAAUGGGAGCGCAAGCAACGCGACCUGACCAAGCUGACCGAGAACUUGAUCAGCUGGGAUGUCGUCAACAAGGCUCCCCACGAGGUCUGGAGAACUCUUGACGGCAGAAAUGUCAUGGACAAGAGAUUGAAGGAUAUUGUCAAGCAGCACUACAGAGCCUACUCGAUCAACGAGGAGAAGUAA